CAGCUGUAGGUCGAUUGCAUGGCAAGCCUUCAAUCUUGAGGAAGCUUACUUGACGGUCACUAAAAAUGGACAGAAAUAUUUCAAACUCAACAGUAAAAGGUGUCAGCACCGGAACUACUAUAUUAGCAGUUAAGUUCAAUGGAGGAGUUAUCAUUGGAUCUGACUCCAGGGCAUCCAUGGGAGGGUCGUAUGUAUCUUCCAAAACAAUCAACAAGCUUAUUCAGGUCCAUGACAGGAUAUUCUGUUGUAUUGCUGGUUCCUUAGCAGACGCACAGGCUGUUACAAAAAUGGCAAAAUUCCAGCUAUCUUUCCACAGUAUCCAGAUGGAGUCCCCUCCUCUUGUGAAGGCUGCUGCCUCUGUAAUGAAGGAGCUGUGCUACCACAACAAAGAUGAACUUCAAGCAGGCUUCAUCACUGCAGGCUGGGACAGGAAGAAAGGACCACAGGUAUAUACUGUCUCCCUGGGUGGGAUGCUGCUCAGUCAACCUUUCACCAUCGGAGGGUCGGGGAGCACCUACAUCUAUGGCUACGUUGAUGCCAAGUACAAACCUGACAUGAGCCGUGAGGAGUGCUUACAGUUUGCCACCAAUGCGAUUGCUCUGGCCAUGGGAAGAGAUAAUGUCAGUGGUGGUGUGGUGCACUUAGUAGUGAUCACGGAAGAUGAAGUCGAGCAUGUGGUCAUCCCUGGAGACAAGCUUCCCAAAUUCCAUGACGAGUAGAAACACACUGUUUAAAAACCAGC